AUGCUGCUUUUUUUUGGCUUUUUAUUUAUAGUAACUGCAACUAAUGAACUGAUUAAUAACAGUAGAACUUUAAAAGGUAUGUAUAAUCGAAUUAUUUAUGAAGCAUUUUCGCCUGAACAGGUCAUAAUAAUUAAAAAAAAAAGAGAAAAUGCCGCUGCAUUUUAUUGUCCGUUUGAGAAAAAAAAAAAAAAAACCACGUUUGAAUGCGUCAAAAGAUAUUUGCUAAAAAAUAGUAAGAAUUUAUUUUACUUAUGGAGUCACAAGAUACCUAAAAUACAUCCAAAUCAAAUAUUAGAAAGAGAAAAAAUUUACACUUCAGAAUUUCAUGAUGAGAUAACAAGACGAAUAAUUAAAAAAAGACUGAACUAUGUAGAUAUAUCAUCUUUCAGUACAUAUUGCUCAUUUUAUAAAUUGUGUGUAAGUGAUCUAUUAAAAUUUAAUAAUAGGGAAAAAGCAUAUAAUACUCAUAUGGGAACCAUGCGAAAAAGAUAUUUUGUAAAAACAGAUCACUUAAAUAGUGAUCCACUGGAUGAAAGCAGUUAUAUUUUUAUUACAGGAGAAAAAAAAGAAAAAUAUGCAGAAAGUAUUCCACAAUUUUAUGAUAAAUUUUAUAGCUCUUUUUUUUAUAUAGUAUAUUAUUAUUAUGUUACUUUUAUGAAUAACAUAUUGGACCAUACUUUUUUUUUUGUAUUUAACAAUUAUAAGGAUGACAAGAGUGGAAAACAGCAUAACAGUAAUAAAAUUGUUAGCAAUAAUUAUAUAAUUUAUAAAAAUGAAAUCAUUUACCCAUUUAAGCUUUUUAAGGAGGAUACUACAACUAUGAUUAAAAAUAGUAACACAUAUUAUGAUGAUAUAAAUGACUUUUACUUAAUAGAAAUCUGUCAUUACUUCAAUGGAAUAACAUAUAAACAAAACAUGUAUGGUUUGUUCAAAAGGCUAUCUAAUCUAUAUUUUAAUAUAGAACUCGUUUCCUACUUAUUUCAGUUACCCCCCGUAUUUUACCACACUCUAAUUAUUUUAAUUUCUUCACUAGUUUUUGCUUAUAUUUUUUAUAAAAUCUUCUUAAAAUAUAAAAAUUGUUUUUGA